AUGUCUUACCCCGAUAACCGUUCAAACGACGAGUGGCGAGCCGUUCUCAACAAGGAGCAAUUCCGUAUUCUCCGUGAGAAGGGCACCGAGCCUCCCGGUUCAGGAAAGUUCGAUAAGCACUAUCCUGAGGAGGGCGUCUACACUUGCGCAGGCUGUGAAGCGCCUCUCUACAAGGCUACCCACAAGUUCAAGUCCGGGUGCGGUUGGCCAGCUUACUUCGACAGCAUUCCUGGUGCUGUCGUUCGUCAUGAGGAUCGCACCUUUGGCAUGGCACGAACUGAGAUUGUCUGCUCCAACUGUGGUGGUCACUUAGGACAUGUGUUCAAGGGUGAGGGCUACGAUACACCCACUGAUGAGCGUCAUUGUGUGAACAGCGUCAGUCUCAGCUUUUCACCCAAUGACAAGGUUGUCAAGGACAAGCCUGAAAGCAAGGCUUAA